CGCGCCCGUGACGUCACGGCGCCGGCGCAUGCGCGGUAGAGUCUGUCUGCACAGCGCUUCCUAAACACGGAUUCAAACGCUUGCGGGUAAAGAUUCGAUUUAUACUCCGUUUUUCUGCGUGUUAUUUCAAUUGUGAUUUUUUUUUUCCCCCAAGUACGCACAUAUCUACCGCUCCUUUUUUGUAUUUAAUUCCGUCAAUUUGGGGCAAAGCGCAAACAUCCAGCGAUAGACCUCAAAACACAGAUCUAUGCUGAUUGACAGCUGUCAGGUGCCGAUGACCUCAUGGCAUCAUCCUCUGAGGUGAACGUCCACAUGGAGGAGGUGGUGGUGGUCACGACCCCCGACACAGCGGGUCAGACGUCAUCGGCCGAGGAGGAGAAGAAUAUACUGGUGGCCACGGAUCUGGAACAGUCUGGGGAAAACAUUAUGGAGCAAACUAUGGAGUCCGAGGCUGAGUCUAGUGCUACCAUCUCCCUGCCCAAGGACACCGUGUUGGUGAAAAUAUCUGAAGAUGCAGAUGUAGAGGGUGAUAUUCUCUACCCAAUAACCUGUGGGGACAGCAAAGCCAACCUCGUCUGGAAGAAGUUUGUGUGUCCGGGGAUCAACAUCAAAUGUGUACUGCUGAACGAGCAUCUCAUCAGUCCCAAGGAGUUUGUCUAUAUAGCGGGAAAGUCCACGCUGAAGGACUGGAAGAGAGCCAUUCGCCUUAAUGGGACCAUGUUAAGGAAGAUCAUGGAUUCAGGUGAGCUGGACUUCUAUCAGCACUCCAGACUGUGUUCAAACACCUGCCGCAGUACCAAGAUUGACCUGGUGGGGUCACGAGUGUCUUUCAGCAGCCAGCAGUCCACAGAAACGGCUCCUGCGACCCCCGCCUCCGUGGACGUGAAUGGAUCCUCAGCUUCGAUUUCGGCAGAUGCUGGUGACGACAGCACAGAAUGGGUGACGGCUAUCGGAGAGGACACCAUGACAUUCUGGAGAGGACUGAAGGAUGCUGGGCUGCUGGAGGAGGUGAUGGAGGACCUGCAGAGAGAGAUCCAGGAGAUUCUCAAGGGCCUGGAGGAGCGAAUCCAAGACCCGCCGCUUCAGGUUAAAGAUGCUGCUCUGCUCAACAAUAUAGUCCAGAACUUUGGGAUGUUGGACCUGGUGAAGAAAGUUCUUGCCAGUCACAAAAGCCAGAUGGACCGCUGUAGGGAGCAGUACACACGCAGUUUAGUGGCCCUAGAGCAACAGUGUGACGACCAUCGCAAACGCGCCAAAGAACUGAAGAGCAAAUCGCAGCACCUCAACAACGUCCUGAUGACCAUGACCCCCGUGACCUCGCCUCCCACUGCCAAGCGCCCCCGUCUGACCCGUGCCGUCUCGGGUCCCGCCACCGUGGCCUCCACACCCGCCCAGCACAUGCACUUCACCCUGCCCAUCACGCAGCUCGCAGGCUUCCCGCUGGACAAAGUGCUGUCUGUUCCGACCCAGUCACCCCUGAUCGGUGGAUACACGGUGCUGACGUCACCCGGAGGCACCGAACUCCAGUCUGAUGGCUCUAAUUUAACCGUGUUGAGCACCGCCGCGGUUCCGCAGGGGUCUACAGCACCCACUAUCGUCAAAAUGGUCAGUCCGUUUCAGCUGGUCACGCUGCCCACAGUGGGAGCUGGAGCUACGGUGCAGAAUCUGGCAGCGCCUGUAGGGGGCGCCGUGGGCGGCACUGUAGUUGCUGUACCCGUCAGCGCCGUCAGUAGCGUAAACACUGCCACUGUGGAGACCGUCGGGCCGCAGGCGACUACAGAACAGAAAGACGACCAGAAGGAGUGAAAUUCUCCUGAAACCGUGUUCAGUUGUUUUUGAUGUCAGUGUAAAUGUUAUAUCCUCUAUAUUUGUAUAUAGAGGAUGAACUUUUUUGCUUUUUUAUAGUUAAUUUGCAACUUUUUUUGCAAGAACAGCCAUGGUGUGAUAAUGUCUUUUUUUUGCAUUGCAUUGCAUUUGAUUUAAUUGUAGUCUAAUUACAAUGUGGUAAAAUAUAGCCUGAAUUGUUUAAAGCGAUAGUUCACCCAAAAAUUAAUCAUCAUUUACUCC